GCGGAGUUGCGGGAGGAGGGAAGAAGAAGAGCAGGAGGAGGUGGGGUAGGAAAGCACCAAAGAGAAAGGAAAAGACCGGGUGCACAGAGGGACGGGGAGGCGGGGCCUGGGAAGCAGGCUCGCUGGGGAAGGAGGGCAGUGCUGGCAGCUGGAAGGCAGAGCCCCGCAGGGACCUCCGCAGACUCGGACCGCGGAAGGGGGGACCAGGCAGCGUAGCCAUGUUGGAUGCGUUGGGCUCCCUGGCGGCUGCCCUCUGGGCCGCGCUCCGUCCUGGCACUGUCCUGCUGGGGGCCGUUGUCUUUCUUUUCUUAGAUGAUUUUCUCAAAAGGCGGCGACCAAAGAACUACCCUCCAGGGCCCCCUCCCCUGCCCUUCGUAGGCAACUUCUUCCAACUGGACUUCGACAAGGCGUACCUGUCGCUUCAGCGGUUCGUGAAGAAAUAUGGAAAUGUUUUUAGCGUCGAUUUUGGUACAUUUCGUUCCGUUCUUAUAACUGGAUUGCCCUUAAUCAAAGAAGCCCUUGUCCACCAAGACCAAAACUUUGCCAACCGCCCCUUGAUCCCUAUUGAAAAACAUAUCUUUAACAAUAAAGGAUUGAUCAUGUCCGAUGGCCAUGUGUGGAAAGAACAAAGAAGAUUUGCUCUGACAACUCUGAGGAACUUUGGUUUAGGAAAGAAGAGCUUAGAGGAACACAUUCAGGAAGAGGCUGCCUACCUCAUCCAGGAAAUAGGAGAGGAGAACGGACAGCCUUUUGACCCUCACUUCACAAUCAACAAUGCCAUUUCCAAUAUUAUUUGCUCCAUCACCUUUGGGGAGCGGUUUGACUACCAGGAUGAUCAGUUCCAGGAGCUACUGAGGCUGUUCGAUGAGGUGAUGCAUCUGAGGUCAUCAACGUGCUGCCAGCUCUACAAUAUCUUUCCAAGGAUAAUGAGUUUCCUUCCGGGUCCCCAGCAUGCACUCCUUAGGAUAUGGAUGAAACUGAAAAUGUUUAUUGCUGGUGUGAUUGAAAACCACAUGAGAGACUGGAAUCCUGCAGAAGCAAGAGACUUCAUUGAUGCUUAUCUCCAGGAAAUAGAAAAGCAUAAGGGCAAUGCUGCUUCAUGUUUCCAUGAAGAAAACCUUAUCUACAAUACCCUGGACCUCUUCUUUGCUGGAACAGAGACAACUUCAACCACCUUGCAGUGGGGACUGCUCUACAUGGCCUUGUAUCCUGAAAUCCAAGAAAAAGUCCAAGCUGAGAUUGAUAAGGUGCUUGGCCGAUCUCAGAAACCAAGCAUGGCCGCAGAGUCCAUGCCCUACACCAACGCCAUCAUCCACGAGGUGCUGAGAAUGGGAAACAUCAUCCCUCUGAACGUGCCCCGGGAGGUGGCAGUGGACACCACCCUAGCUGGAUACCACCUGCCCAAGGGCACCAUGGUCACGACCAACCUGACUGUACUGCACAGGGACCCUGCAGAGUGGGCUACCCCUGACACAUUCAAUCCAGAGCAUUUUCUGGAGAAUGGGCAGUUUAAAAAAAGGGAAUCCUUUCUGCCUUUUUCAAUAGGAAAGCAGAUGUGCCUUGGAGAACAGUUGGCCAGGACUGAAUUGUUUAUUUUCUUCACUUCACUUCAGCAAAAAUUUACUUUCAGGCCUCCAGAGAAUGAGAAGCUGAGCCUGAAGUUCAGAAUGAGCAUGACCCUCUCCCCACUCAGCCACCGCCUCUGUGCUGUUCCUAGGGCGUGAUGUUGCAAGGAGGGGGAGGAAAGCUGGAAGAAUGGGCGUGUCCCCCCAAGGCAGGGGCCCUGCUCGGAAAUGAGGGAGCUGCAUCCAGAGCCUCUAGGACAGGUCACAGGAGCUGGACUCAGACGGAACUGGAUCCAAACCCCAGCUUUGUCAUCUUCAGUGGAGCCUUAGGAAAUCAGUUACUUUGUGAGUGAUUUGCCAUUUCAUCUAGGAGAUUUAAUCAAUCUUGAGCACUCUUUGGAAGGACUGAUGCUGAAACUGAAGCUCCAAUACUCUGGCCACCUGAUGCCAACGACUGAUUCAUUGGAAAAGACCCUGGUGCUGGGAAAGAGUCAGGGCAGGAGGAGAAGAGGGCGACAGAGGAUGAGAUGGUUGGAUGGCAUCACCAAUUCAAUGGACAUGAACUUGGGCAAACUCUGGGAGAUGGUGAGGGACAGGUGUAAAGUACAGAGUUAGAGUAGGUGAGGUUCAGAAAAAGAAUGAGACUGGCACUCUACAGGAACAGAUUACCUUUAAUGAGGUGAGAAGGGGCAGCAGUCAGAUUAUCGAGCUGCUGCACUCAUCUAAGAAAAGAGUAAGUAUAUACAGGCAUGUAUGUAGAAAGCCCCCUUAAGGGGACCUGUUCUUCUCCAAGGUUGCUGGGAGUAGUUAUCUCUUAAAACAGCUUGGGCAAGGAGUUCUGGAGAUUGGCCAGAGGCUGGGCCAGCUUGGAGCUGGGUGUAAUCAACCUAAUGUCUAUUUUUCCUUCGGGUGAGAGAGUUCUUUGUUUUGCCUAGAAAGGUGGGGAGGACCUGGAGGGGAGUUUUACUUCCAGGUUACCUUGAGCCAUGCAACUUUCCUUCAUUCCAGGCUUUAAGGAAUAUAUAUAAAAAGAGAAAGAGAUGUGGCCGCCGUUAAUGUUCAGGGCUUCUUCGUGCUGAUAAAUGAGAGUCAGGGGUUUGUAGUCUGGGAGGAAGGAAGUCUAAGUCCCAUAGUGUUGAUUUUUUAUUCUCGCCAUCAGGGUUUCAAGCAAAAGAACAGUCUUGACUUGGUCUCAAGAGAUGGCCCGAAUCCGUUCUUGGAGAAACCUUUGAAAGAGAUUGAAGAGACAGGGUCUAAAUAAAAGGAAUAAAAUGAUAAGUACCAAUGGUCCCAAGAAAGGGAGUAACCAAAGGAGGGCCUGUUGGAACAGGUUUUGGGGAGUGUAAAGGUUUUUUAACUCUUUUUUGCAGUGUUCAAUUCUGCCUCUAAGUUCUUUGACUUUGCCCUGGAGUAUGCCUAUUUCGUUAACAAAAUAGCAGCAGUCUUACCCUAGAAAAAGGCAGGUCCCUCCCUUUUCUGUGGUGAGAAGGUCCAGGGCUCGCCUAUUUUGUUGGGCCACAGAAGCCAAUGAGUUAAUUUGUCUUUGGACUGAAACGAAGGACUCUGCUGCUUGCUCUAUAUCCUCAUUAAGUUCUUGGGACAGUUUGUAGUAAAAAUGGGCUGAGGUUGAGAUGCCCCCGAUGCCAGUGCCUAGGGCUGCUGCUAUGUCAGUCCCAAUCAGGAGGGGCUAUGACAGCUCGUCUUUUUCUGUGGGAAAGUUCCCCUUGGGGGUAGACUAUUUGUUCUACUUCUUUGAGGAAUGUUAGACCUGGGGUCAGGAAGACCAUGAUGCAAGGUCCAAGGGGAUCAAGGGGGAGACAUGAAUAUGCAUAGGUCCCACAGAGAAUGAAGAUUCCUGGAUUGGUGCAAUUAUUUGUGCUGUUCCAAAGAACCCAAGUGGAACAGAAGGAGGGAGCGGAGUUUGUAAGACCAGUGUAGUUGGGACAAGAGUAGUUGAUACAGGUUAGGUUUGAAGAGGCUGAGAGUCGGACAUUGUCAGAGACUGGCCCAAUGAGUUGUGUGGUUUUUUUGUUGGGAAGGAGAGAUAUAGUUGUUCUGUGACAGCCAGGUUGAGGAUAAGGGAAUUGCUAUGUGCGGUGAGGGAGACAGUGACAUGUAUAUCCAACACUGGGAUGUUUGUUGUGUGUACAGAAGAAUUGGAAAGAAGAGUUGAGAAGGCAGGUAAGGUGUUGGUUACCAGAGGGAGGUUUUAGGAGAGGCCGUAAUUGGGAAAGGAGGUCGAGGCGUUUAUAAGGCUCAGGGGUCACCUGUAACUGGGAAAUUAAGUUGUUUAUAACUUGUUUUUUUUUCUUUUCUUUUCUUUUUUUAUUUUGAUCUAGUAUCCCACCCCCGUCUGAGUACCCCCAGUGGGUAAUGGGAUAGAAACAUAUGUUUUUUUUCCAUUUGGCUUAUGGCAGGUACUCACGAAACUUCCUCUCUUUUGUACUUUAACAGUGAAUAGGAUAUUGGACUGUCUCCCCCCGAGGUUCAUGGUGCAUGGUCUUGGAGCCCUAUUAUAACAUGAGGAAUGAACACAGGAAUAAAUGUCUAAGCAGGGGCAGGGACUAGCCAGAAGGCUGGGAAGCACAGCAAGGAUAAGGAACAGAGAAGCCAUGAUUCUGUUAGUUAGGCAGUGCAGAGGAAAUAAUACCCUAUGAGUAGAACACAGCUAACAAUGUAGGCGAUACCAACAGAAAGACGAAGGAUAAGUGACCAGUCCUGAGGGGAGAUAGUUAUUAGGCCUAUAGCAAGGACUAAGAUUAAGAGUGCAGUUAUAGUGAAAGAGACGGGAAGAGGCCAGUCAGGGCGAGGGGCAGAAGGUCCCAAGUUGGUGGUUGCUUGAAUCUGAGGAGGAACAGUGUUCAUUAGGAUGUAGAAUGAUGUAGAGAAUGAGAGUAAAGAAAUCAGUUUCUUCUGGAGUCAGGUUGUAGAAGGUUCCCUGAAGUCACAGUUGAGAUACUAGCACGGUCAGGUCUUCGAAGGAGGUUCCUGUCAGGGCACUGGUCCAGAGGUCUUGUAGUAGUUGGGUCAGGAACAGCUGUAGGUUAAAGAGUGUCCAGGUUAUUCAGUGUAUUCUUGGAUGGUUGACAGAGGUUGUUGCCGGGUGAUUUUUAAGGAGGUAGGUCCAGUGAGAGAGACCUGAGAGGGGUCAGUUAAGGAGGGCAGCACAGGAUCAGAAGUGACCUAUUUUAGGUGAGAGAGGUUUACCCAGGAGGUGACUCCAGUGGGUAAUGGGAUAGAAAUAUAUGGGGCUUUUGUGUUUUUUUUUUUGGCAAAGGCAGUUUAAUGUCUUAAGAAACUUGUAUCAUGCACAAAACUCUCUUCUACUUGCUGCUGCUGCUGCUAAGUCGCUUCAGUCGUGUCCGACUCUGUGCAACUCCACAGAUGGCAGCCCACCAGGCUCCCCCGUCCCUGGGAUUCUCCAGGCAAGAACACUGGAGUGGGUUGCCAUUUCCUUCUACUUGCCACAAACCUUUUUUACACUUUCUGUAUUCAUCACUUUAUUUGUCCAUUCAUAGAACAGCCAAUCUAUAAGCCAUACUUCCUUUUUCUCUUAAUAAAAUGUAAUUCUAUUUCUUAUA